AUGUCUCAAUUCUCAUUUUCACCGAAAUAUUAUGAGAUUUUAGAAUUAAUUCGUAAAGAAUUUGAAGACAAUUAUGAUAAAACUAUUGAAGAAGUAAAGAAGCCGAAACCUAUCGACAUAUCAAUUCCAGAUAAUAUAACCGUGAACGAAGUUAAAGUAGAUGAAAAGUAUAGGAUUAAAAGUAAAGAAUAUUUGGAGGAUGGAUUGAAAAAAUAUGAGGAUGUUAUAGAUGAAAAAUGGAAAUAUUUUGAUAAUGAAUUAUGUGGAGAAUGGAUUAAAAUUAAUGAUCAGAAGGAUACAGGAAGGGUAAUUCUUUACAUGUUUGGAGGAGGAUACUAUAUGAGAUCUUGUAAGGAUUCCAGAUAUAUUACUUGUAAGCUCUCUGAAAUUGCAGAAUGUUCGGUUUUCGCUUUAGACUAUCGUCUUGCUCCACAACAUCAAUUUCCUGCACCACUUUGUGAUGCUUUAGCAGCGUAUUUUUAUCUUAUCAAUCCUGGUCCGGAAGCUGGAUUCAAACCGUUUGAUCCUAAACAAAUCGUAUUUGCCGGUACUAGUUCUGGUGGUGGAUUGGCUGUUG